UUGAGAAAGCAUGUGUUCAUAGUGUGUGUGUGUGUUGUCAGGCUAAUUGAGUAUGAGCGAAUGUGUGGGUGUGUGACCGUUCAGGUCAGAAGAGUCUGAGCUGUCAUGCUACUAGUCGCCUGACAAGUUAACUGCAUAAUUAACAAUUACGAGAAUCACGAAAUAUGCCAAAAGUAGAUUCAACAAAAUAGGUGUCAAAAAUAUUGGAACGUUGCUUACGAACUGAGCGAGUGUCCGCUAACAAAGAUAAAUUAACUCUUGGGGAACUGUAAUAUGAGAAAGGACGCGACUGGGACAUUAGGUUUUGUCCCUCAAAAAGACAUUGUCUAUAAUAAACUUCUUCCUUACGCGGACAAAUUAGAUGAAGAGUCGAAUGAAAUUCUGGGCCAAAUCAAGGGUAACUUGGCCCUGGCGUUACAGGUCCGGGAGUUAUGGCCCGGAGUUCUGUUUUGGACCAGGAAACUUUCUACCUACAUACGUCUGUAUGGCAGGAAGUUCACCAAAGAUGACCACGUGCUCUUCAUAAAGCUGCUGUACGAGCUGGUCACCAUCCCCACCCUGGAGAUCGGCAUGAUCCAGGGCUUCGCUCGCCUCCUGGUCUGCCUGCUCAAGAAGAAGGAGCUGCUGUCACAGGAUGACCUGCAGUUGCCAUGGAGACCACUGUACGAGCUAUAUGAGAGGAUUCUGUACUCCAAAACAGAGCACCUGGGUCUCAACUGGUUUCCCAACUCUGUGGAGGGGGCGUUGAAGAUGCUUGUUAAAAGCUGCAGACCGUAUUUCCCAGUAUCCUCCACUCAGGAGAUGCUGGAUGAAUGGAGGCCUCUGCUGUGCCCAUUUGACCACACCAUGCAGAAAGCCAUCAGUUACUUUGAGCUGUUCUUGCCCACCAUCCUGCCCCCAGAACAGCUCCACCUGGGGUUCAAGCUGUGGUUCGAGGAGCUGAUGGAACUGUGGGUGUCUGUACAGAACUUGCCUGCUUGGGAGGGGACUCUGGUGAACCUGUUCGCUCGCCUGGCCAACGACAACAUUGGAUACAUCGACUGGGACCCUUAUAUCCCCAAGAUUUUCACCAGGUUCCUGCGGAGUUUAAACCUGCCUGUGGGCGCCAGUCAGUUGCUUGUCCCCAGAUACCUGACCAACGCCUAUGAUAUUGGCCAUGUAGCGCUCUGGAUCUCUUCCAUGCUGGGGGGGCCCAGCAAGCAGGCCCAGAAGCAGCUGAGCGGCCUUUUCAACAGUAUUGCUACCUUCUUCCACCCUUCCAACAAUGGCCGCUGGCUGAUGAAGCUGAUGAAGCUCCUGCAGCGGCUCCCGGCCACGGUGGUGCGGCGGCUGCACCGCGAGCGCUACCAGUGCGCCACCUGGCUGCCGGCCGUGCCGGACAGCCACCGGCUGACGGAGCAGGACAUCACGGAGUUCGCCGAGUGCAUGAGGCAGCCGGUGCUGCUGGCCAUGUUCAGCAAGACGGGCAGCCUGGACGCGGCGCACGCCCUGCAGAACCUGGCGCUCGUUCGGCCUGGCCUCGUCAUUCCGCCCGUGCUGGAGAAGACGUACCUGGCUAUGGAGACGCUGACGGAGCCGCACCAGCUGACGGCUACGCUGAGCUGCAUGAUCGGCAUGGCGCGCAGCCUGGCCCGCGGGGGGCGCCAGUUCCCCGAAGGCCCCACGCACGUGCUGCCCCUGCUCAUGAGGGCUCUGCCGGGCGUCGACCCCAACGACUUCAGCAAGUGCAUGAUCACAUUCCAGUUCAUCGCUACUUUUACAACUCUGGUGCCUUUGGUUGACUGUUCAGCUGCCCUUCACGAAAGAGAUAACCUGACAGAGAUGGAACGGGAGCUCUGUUCUGCUUCAGCAGAGUUUGAGGACUUUGUGGUUCAGUUCAUUGACAGGUGCUUUGCGCUGAUUGAGAGCAGUACUCUGGAACACACCCGUGAGGAGCUGGAGAUGGAGAAGAUGACCCACCUGGAGAGCCUGGUCGAGCUAGGCCUCUCCUCCACCUUCAGCACCAUCCUUACACAGUGCUCCAUGGACAUCUUCAAGGUGGCCCUGGAGAAGGUCUUUAACUUUGCCACCACCAACAUCUUUGAGACGCGGGUAGCCGGGAGGAUGGUGGCAGACAUGUGCAGAGCUGCCUCCAAGUGUCACCCUGCAGAAGCACUAAAGCUCUUUGUGCCACACUGUUGCAGCGCAAUAACACACAUCACUGCCAACGAGGACGUCCUGAGUGAAGAGGAACUGGAUAAGGACCUGCUAUGGAACCUUCAGCUGCUGUCAGAGGUGAGUCGUGUGGACGGAGAGAAGCUCCUCCCCUAUCGCCCACGCCUGGUGGAGAUUCUGCAGCUGACCCUCCACGUGAAGUGCAAGCAGGGCUACAGUCUGGCCUGCAACCUGCUCCACCACGUCCUGCGAUCCACCGCCCUCAUCUACCCCACCGAGUACUGCAGCGUGCCGGGCGGGUUCCAGCGCCCCCUGCAGGAGUACCUGCCCGUCAAGGACUGGGGUCGGCACGGGGAUCUGAGGAACCUGCAGGUGCAGUGGCACGUUCCCAGCGCAGAGGAGAAGGACGUGGUGUUCGAGCUUCUGGACCUGCUGCUGCAGCCCGAACUGCUGCGCCUGCAGAGACACGCCCAGGGAGAAGAGGACAUGAGCAGGGAUGAUGUCCUGCAGAGCUUGGCCAUUGUGCAGCACUGCCUGCUGGGAGCUGGGAGCAUGCUACCCCCCCUGGAGGGACAGGUGGUGUCUGGCCUGAUUACCAGUAUGGUGAAUCUGGAGGAAACCAAACUGUAUGUGGGCAUGGAAUAUGACAGGACCAGAGAGAACUACAGAGAGACCAUCUGCAGGGUGAUGAGACAGCUGUUACAUUAUAUUCUGGAACAUUCUGAGGAUGACACAAAGUCACUCUUCUCCAUUAUUAAGAUCAUUAAUGACCUGCUGCACUUCAAUGGUUCUCACAAGCCUGAGUUUGACUCUCGCUGGAAGAGUUUCACCUUGGUCAAAAAGUCCAUGGAGAACCGGCUCCAUGGCAGAAAGCAGCACAUUCGAGCCCUGCUCAUCGACAGGGUCAUGCUCCAGCAUGAGCUGCGGAAGCUAACAGUGGAGGGCUCUGAAUAUAAGACGGUUCACCAGGACCUUCUUGGAGACCUGCUACAGCUCUCCACCAGCACAUACAGUCAGGUGCGCAGUAAGGCUCAGAGUGUGUUCUUCUCAGCUCUGGGAAGCUAUAAUUUCUGCUGCAGGGACCUGCUCCCUCAUGUGCUGAAGUUCUUGGAACCAGACCGCACUGAUGUCACGCUGCAACAGUUCAAGGGUGCGUUGUACUGUCUCCUUGGUAACCAAGGCGGGCUGUGCAUGGCCUGUCUCCAUGACUGGGACUGCGUGGUUCAGGCGUGGCCGGUGAUGGUGCGCGCGGGUCUCAGUCGGGUCAUGUGCCUCGAGAAGCCCUCUAUCGUGCGCCUCUUUGACGACCUCACCGACAAGGUCCACCGGCAGUACGAGACCAUCGGCCUGGACUUCACCAUUUCAGAGAAUGUGUUGUCUCUGGCCAAUAUGAUCAUGAAGUCCCGUAGCCCUGCCUCCUCUGUGGCCCCACCCUCUGCUGAAGUCCUAGAGUUGGGUGUACAGCGUCUACAAGCAAAAAACCUGGACUCACAAGAGAAGUACGAGAGGCUAAUCGGCGAGCUCCUGGACUGCCUUAGUGAUGGAGACCUGCCCUGGAAGUUUGAACACAUGGCUAUCGGGCUCCUGUCCCUGCUGCUGCGGGACGAUCACCCCCUGCCUGUCCCUGCCGUGCGCUUCUUCAUCCAGAGCCUCAACCACGACUCACUCACUGUGCGCCAGGUGGCAGUAUUAUCUGUUGCUGGCAUCUUGAAGCAGCUGAAGAGGCCCCAUAAGAAAGUUCUUGUUAGUCCAGAAGAAAUCUGUACCAGUGAGGCCGAGGGGAUGGUGGCUGAGGACAGACCUGAUAAUUGGUGGCUUCUGUAUGACAGCGAAUAUCUGCCCCACACACAGCAGGAGUGGGAGAGCUGCCACUUUGUGGAGAAAACCCACUUGGGCUUCUACAGCUGGCCACGGAAGCUGAUGCUAUAUGCUCCUACACAUGAGCAGCCAAAGCAAGACCUCAGUAGAGAGGAGAUGAGUGAGAGGGAGCAGGUUGUGUACGACCAUUUCAUCGACCCCGAGUUCAUCGACCAGCUGAUCAAGUUCUUGUGCCUUGAGGACCGUAAGGGCAAGGACCGCUUCAGCCCUAGAAGAUUCUGCCUCUUCAAGGGAUUGUUCCGGAACUUCGGCGACGCUUUCCUGCCCGUGUUCCUGCCGCACAUGGAGCGCCUGGUGGCCGACUCCCACGAGAGCACGCAGCGCUGCGUCGCUGAGAUCAUGGCAGGCCUGAUCCGCGGCUCCAAACACUGGAGCUACAGCAAGGUGGUGCGACUCUGGGAGAUGCUCAGUCCUCUGAUCCGCACAGCCCUGUCCAACAUCACCGUGGAAACCUACGUUGACUGGGGCACCUGCAUCGCCACUGCCUGUGAGAGCAGAGACCCUCGGAAGCUGCACUGGCUGUUUGAGAUGCUGAUGGAGUCACCGGUUAACGGAGAAGGGGGGUCCUUUGUGGAUGCCUGUCGGCUGUAUGUGCUACAGGGCGGUCUAGCACAGCAGCAGUGGCGUGUUCCGGAACUCUUGCACAGACUACUGGACUACCUGGAGCCCAAACUCACACAGGUGUACAAGAACGUGCGCGAACGCAUUGGGAGUGUGCUGACCUACAUCUUCUUGAUUGACGUGAGCCUGCCGCUCACUCGGCCUACGACGUCGCCGCGGAUCUGGGAGUUCACGGGCCGGGUUCUGGACAAGCUCAAGCCACUGAUGGAGGGCGACGAGGAGAUCCAGAACCACGUUCUGGAGGAGUACGGAGAGGAGGAGCAGGAUGAGAGGACACAGGCCAUCAAACUGCUGAAGACUGUGCUGAAGUGGCAGAUGGCCAGUGCGGGGCGCUCUUUCUCCACUGCGGUUCGGGAACAGGUGCAGCUUCUGCCCCUGCUCUUCAUGAUUGCUCCGGUGGAGAAUGAUGACAGCUACGAUGAGAUGAAAAGGGACGCAAAAGCCUGCCUGUCACUCAUGUCCCAGGGGCUGCUGUACCCAGGGCAGAUCCCAGAGGUGCUGUGUACACUGGAGAAGAUUGCCCACAGCAGCUCCUGGCAUGCGCGCUACACGGUGCUGACCUUCCUGCAGGUCAUGGUCUUCUACAACCUUUUCACCUUCCUGAGCGACGAGCAGAGCAUCCACACCGUGCGAGUGCUGGUCCUCACUCUGCUGGAGGAUGAGCAGCUGGAGGUGCGUGAGAUGGCUGCCACCACUCUGAGCGGUUUCCUGCAAUGUAACUUCCUGUCCAUUGACGCUUCCAUGCAAACUCACUUUGAGACCCUCUGUAAGACCCGGCUGCCCAAGAAGAAGAAGAGAGAUCUGGGCUCGACGGUGGACACCGUCCCCUCUGCAGACCUUAUGCGGCGCCAUGCUGGAGUGCUGGGUCUAAGCGCCUGCAUCCUCUCCAGUCCGUACAAUGUGCCCAGCUGGAUGCCCCAACUACUCAUGAACCUGAGCGCUCACCUCAACGACACACAACCCAUAGAGAUGACCGUGAAGAAGACGCUGUCAGACUUCCGACGGACUCACCAUGACAACUGGCAGGAGCACAAGCAGCAGUUCACUGAUGACCAGCUAGUGGUGCUGACCGACCUGCUAGUGUCACCCUGCUACUAUGCCUAGAACAGGGCAUCACAGGACUCUCUUCAAGAGACCAUUUUUUGUUUUCAUGAAUUAUUUUUUUGUUAUACAUUUUGUGAAGAUUGAGGAACAAACAAAAUGAUAUAUUUUUUGUCAUGUGGGUCUUUCCCACUCUCCUGUGGUCUGUGGUCUGUCUGAAUACGCUGUGGUCAUCCACGGUCAUCCACGGUUAGGACUGAAGCGCCCAAAGACCUGCUAUUCAGCAGACCAUGUGUUUGGGGGAAAUUUCUGAAAACGUGUUUCGUUCUUUAGGUCUUGUGUCUGAUGUACUUCAUUUUUCAGAUGAAUCCAAGGUGUUUGUGAAUCCAAGGAGUCUACGGUCUAAUAUUACGGUCCCAUUUCCCUCCAGUUUAGAGUGUGCAGAGGUGAUUUACAGCGAUGCUUUUCCCUUACUCUACAGCAUUGUGUGGAGGUUCACAUAAUUAUAGCAGUGUGAUUCACACAUGUACAGCACAGUGUUAAGAUUUACAGAUUUACAACAUGUUGAUGAGGUCUGCAUGAGGUCAGCACCGUGUUAAGAUCGCAUACUGAAUUUUCAGCACUGUAUUAAAAUAUCAUACUGAAUUUGCAGCACUGUUAAAAUCUCAUACUGAAUUUGCAGCACAAUGCUGAGAUCACAUACUGAAUUAGCAGCACUGUGUUAAAAUUGCAUACUGAAUUUGCAGCACUAUGUUGAGAUCACAUACUGAAUUAGCAGCACUGUGUUAAAAUCGCAUACUGAAUUUGCAGCACUAUGUUGAGAUCACAUACUGAAUUAGCAGCACUGUGUUAAAAUCGCAUACUGAAUUUGCAGCACUAUGUUGAGAUCACAUACUGAAUUAGCAGCACUGUGUUAAAAUCGCAUACUGAAUUUGCAGCACAAUGCUGAGAUCACAUACUGAAUUAGCAGCACUGUGUUAAAAUCGCAUACUGAAUUUGCAGCACUAUGUUUAGAGCACAUACUGAAUAUGCAGUACUGUCGAGAGUCACACAUUUACCAAGACCUGUAAGCAGUCUGGCAGGUGGCAUUUGGAGAAGGUUCAUUGCUGGUGAAAGGCCACCAUACAAAAUGUAGCCUAAUUGUUGACUUAAUGUACAAAUUGUGUGUGUUUGUAUUAUAUGUGUACCUUUGUAAAUAGUACACACACACAUUUAACAUGUACGUAUGUAGAUACUCCUUGUGUACCUUUAUAUGUUGUAAACUCACAUUACUAUUUUCUGAAGUGUGUUGUCUAUCUAUCCAUUAUCUAACCCCUAAUUCCUGGUCAGGGUUGUAGGGGACUGGAAUCUAUCCCAGCAUGUAUUGGGAGAGAGGCAGGAAUACACCUUGGACUGGUCACCAGUCUAUCGCAGGGCACACACACCAUUCACUCUCACUCAUACAUACAGGAAAUUUAGAAUCUCCAGUUAGCCUACCACAUGUCUUUGGACUGUGGGAGGAAACCAGAAUAACUAGAGGACUCUCACGCAGACACGGGAAGAAACAUGCAAACUCCACACAGAAAGGCCCCGGCCGGGACUCAAACCCAGAACCCUCUUGCUGUGAGGCGACCACUACAGUGUUGUCCCUGAGAAUUACAAUAACAGUAUUGUAAUUCCUUUGUUAUUUGGAGAGGCACAUUCUGGAAAUUUCAGGGGAUGUAAGAAUUUGCUGCAAUGUGGCCCAGUCGGUAUAAGCGAUCAAUGCAAAACCAUGCUGAGCUCGACUAGGCUGGUUUCCUGGACUCAUCCCCCUAGCUGUUGUGUGGGCUUUCUUGUGCAUGAACUCGCCGCUGGUCCACAGGUAUGUGUUUUGGCGGUGCGCAGGACGUUCAGCUCUAAUGCUGUUUGAGUGUGCGUGGGCGGCGCGGUGGAAAUAGGGCGGCGAAGCUGCUCGUUAAAAACAGGAAACAGGAAAAAAAAGUCGAUUCAUUUCCUCACACAUUUCUGAUAAACUUUUUACUGGCCAUUCUGUCAUGAUAGCGCGGUAAUAACUCAAAUGCCGAAAAAGGCUGAUUCUGACGUGAGGGCAUUGUGUGGGAUGUGAGGCAACUGCAGCAUCGCCGUUCUGUUUCCGUCGUACUGCAGUGGGCGAUAUCGAGCAACGACGAGGACGAACGCUCAAAACCAUGACUAACCAUGACCAUGCCGGGUUAGUGGGCAUCAGUUUGGAUGUGUGUGUGUGUGUGUGUGUGUGUUAGUGAGUGUGUGGUAGUAUAUGCAUGUCCUUGUUACACAGCAAUAUGAAUAUAAGCAUGUGUCUAUGUGUUCUUACUCAGGGCUCAGUGUUACUGUAUGGAUGCCAUGUGAUUACAAUGCCCCCACCACCAAUUUAGCCGUGAGCUCAGAUACUGAGUUGAUAAUCAUUAUUAUUCUAGAUUUUUAUAACCAAUACAAAUGGUGUGGAUUAUGUCAACAAACUGCAAACCAGCUUUUAUUUUACAUGCAUGGGCCCAGUCAUUGUGUGUUCUGGCUGAUCCCACUGAAUCUGUCUGUACAGAACCACUGUAUACAGUAUUGCCAAAAGUGCAGGGACUUUUUUUUAUAGUGGAUGUAUGUUUGCCUAUCUUAAUGAAGAGCCAAUAAAAGAGUUGUUUGUA